GGCCCUAAGUGGAACGUAGCCACUUUUAUCAAACAUAAAAAAGAGAACAUAAUUUUAGAAAGAUUUUUGACGUCGCUCUCUCCAGCUCUCUCUUUUUAGUCACUCUUGAAAACAGACUAUAUAUUUUUUUAAUUCGAAUGGAGAGUCCUGAAUCUGGCACAACCAACAUGACCCCAAUGCCGCCCGCAGAAAGAACAUCAGAAACCUCUAACCUUGUUUCGUCGAAUAAUAAUGCAAAACCAAGCUAUUUAAACAUUUUGAGUAAUAUUUGUGCGUUGUUAUUUACUGGAAUAAUAUUUUAUUGCUGUUUCAAGAAUGGAACAUCUUUGUUCUCCUUUCACCCUACUUUGAUGUCCUUAGGGUGGCUGAUAUUUAUGACUUCAGCAGUAAAUGCUGUUACUCCAGGCGACUUAGCUACUGAAUGGAUGCCUAUAAGACUUAGAAGUGCCCGUCACUGGGUUAUUCAGUUAAUAGCAAUCUUAUUUAUUUUUAUUGGAUUUCUUGUUAUACUUUCUCAUAAGAUUAUCAACAAUAAAGAACAUUUUACUUCUUUACAUGGAAAGUUUGGACUAACUUCGUUCAUAUUCAUGGUGUCUACAAGUCUUGGUGGCUUAGGAGCACUUUACAGCCUUAAGCUCAAAAAUUAUCUUGCACCAAUUUACACGAAAUUGCUUCAUGCAUCAUUCGGUCUUAUUACCUUUUGCUUGGGCACAAUUACAAUACUACUGGGGAAUUUCUCUGUCUGGUGGUCAUUUGGAGAAAUUUUACGAUACACUUGCCUAUUACUUGUUCUCUUGAUAAUGAUUCUGACAGUAUUGAGGCCAAGUUUAAAAGUUUAUUUUCGUUUAAAAGAAAGGCUCGGUUACUCUAAUAACUAAAUUAUUCUUAUUGUUAGUAUUAGGAGAAAAACUAUAGUCAUACAUAUAUUAUAAGCUAGUAAAUGUUUUUGAAAGAUUUAUUUUUUUAAUUAUAAGAGAACUUUAUUUAAUUAUGCCAGCUUGUGAUGUGUACCUUUAUCAGUAUAUUUUUAAGGAGAUUGUUAUCUUGUAAUUUUCUUCAAAGUGAACAUGUUAAAUUAUUAUGUCUAGUGCAUGUUAAAGCUAUUUAUGAACUAUUACAAUUACUACAAUUUACAGCUUUACAAUGGUGUAUAUUUUUAAAUUGUAUGAAAAAGUAACUAUUUAUAUUACUAAUUUUUUUUUAAAUGAAAAUAGAUCUUCAUAUAAAAAUAUAUCUUCCAAAGAGUUUAAAUGUAUGAAUCAAUAUAUUGUAUGUUAAGGUAGUCUUUAUCAGUAGUAGAUACUAUAACAUAAAUACUUUGUUUACUUUAUACUUGUAUAAAUAUUACUAUGUGAUAUGAAAUAUCAGUUUAUCUGUUAAAUGAAAAAAAAAAUGAACAGCCUCAUUAUCAAAAUGUAUAUCAAACGUAUAUAUUGCAUAAUAUAAUCUCGAUUUUUCUCGAAAUGUACUUAACUUUAUUUUAAGCAUAUUAUAAAGAGUAUACAGGUUUUUUGCUGUUGCUAUACGUGCAAUGUAAUGGUGCCAAAUAUAUGUUUUAGCACAAA